UGUGAUAUUCUUCUGUCGCAUAUGAUCACGUUUUUGAACGACAAAAGUGAUUGGCGACUCCGUUGUUCUUUCUUCGAGUCCAAUCCUGCGCUAACAUCUUUCAUCGGCAGUCAGAACGUGUCUAUUCUAAAGCCUCUUCUUCAGCAGGGCCUCAGAGAUUGCGAAGCGAAUGUCGUUCACAAAGCGUUGCUUUGCGUCACAAAACUAGCCAAAUUACACUUAGUCAAGAAACCGCACGUGUACGAAAUUUUCCAGGAAGUUCUACCUUAUCUUCGUCAUCCAAAUCCGUUUCUGCGCAUGGGUGCCCUUGGCGCUGUCAGUUCGAUUGCUCAACAGUUAGAUGCAGUUGAUCUGCAUUGUAAAAUGAUGCCACUGUUGAGCGCAUACCUCAAAUUUCGUGUCGUCGCCGUCGUCGACAGCGUGGUUUUGGCGCACGCCUUAAAGCCUGCGUUGCCGGAGCCGAUUUUGGACGUUAUCUUUCGUUGCUCAGUACUCGAUUCGCUGCUGGAGUUUCUAAGGGAUCGGCACAUGGUGCGCAACCUUGGACGCUUCAGCGGGGCUGAAUCACCUGAGCGGCUUAUGAUCGUGCCAGAAGACCACAGGCUAUCCCACGUAUUCCAAAAGUUGUUAGCUCUAGGAUUAACCGAGGAACUUGAGGACUGGACUCUCGCUUUCGCGCCGACACUUUGCAAAGUGCGCAAAAUGCGGGAUAACGUCGAGGCGUUGCUCAGCAGCGAAAUUGAAGAACGAGGCGUCAUCGACCUGAAGUGUCUCGGAGUCAAACUACGAAGCGCUGAUCUCACUGAUGACAUCAACAAAGAAGCAGUAUUCGCGAAAAAGUGGGAGGCUGAUCGAGUCGAAGACAAAGUCAAUGAAGAAUGGUUGCAGAUGUUUGGCACCCAUGAAACGGAGCCUGAGAAUCCCACUCAUUCAUCCGUUCCCUCUGAUGCUGCCGCUUCGAAUACUUACAAAAGCGGUGGCGAAUCAGUUACUAAGGUUAAGUCAUUCGGCGACAUCGACGCAUCGACAUAUUUGACAGCGGAUACAAAACAACGGCAGAGACCAGGGUCGACGACGAGCGAUGAUGACGGUCAGUCGAACGUAUCCUCGUCGAAAAAGGACUUCGAUCAUAUCAGCCAUAUGAUGUCAUCAGACAUCAGCGGUACCUCCGAGGCGCGAAUCUACAUCCCGGACUCCAAACUGGAGUUGAUGAACUUCGUCGAGUUUCAAAAAGAGUUGUGGCACCGCCACUGCUAUGGCAAAUCCUAUAACCGCGCUGCUCAGAGCUUUGCUCGCAAGCGUUUCAACUGUUACUGGAAACCUGAGGGACGACUUGUCGCGUCGUUGUCUGAACACAUCGGCGGCGUCAACAGGUCCUAA